GGUGUUGAAUGACCAAAUUACCCUUGAGAUCUUUUGAUUUGUGCGAAUAUGUCGGGUGAUUUUUGUGAAUUUGAAAUCAAUUUUCUUGUGGCAAAUAAAAAUACUGAUCUAAAAAUAUGGGAAAUAGAAAGGAACCAAUUUUCUACCACAAAUUUGAAAAUAGAAAAUCCAAAAGAUUGACUCUUAAAAGAUUAUGAUGAACCCAUCUCUAUCUCAACAUGUCAUACAUCCUUUGUUUUAUUUUGUUGAAAUUUCUUCAUGGUUCAUUCUUCUUUUUCUUUUCCCACAAAUUUAGCAUAAAGCAAAAAAAAAAAAAAAUCUAAUAAUAAGUAGUGAUUGUGCAAAUAAAUGUGUUGCAGGUAUACCAGUUAGCAAUAACCGUUAAAUGUGAGUACCGUAAUGUAAUUUACAAUUCGUUUCAUCUUGGCGCACACGUGUCGGUAAGAAAAGUCUACCUGGCAACCAUCUCCACAGGUAGCAGCAUUUCGCGUGGGGCCCAUUUGAAAAUUUGUCUGGAUCGCAGGGUCCCACGCACUUAAAACGCCACCGUUUUCAGGCCCGCAAAGGUACAGCUGUUAUCUCCACUCUUUGGUUCCAUCGAACACUGCUUCUGGCACUCGAGAAUCCCAAAUUUCACACACAUAAUCCCCACCGUUACUGCGUGACUGAGCAAUGGCGUCGGCGUUUGGAGCAGCGACCGCAUCGGCGGCGGCCUCCGUGACGGAGAAUGCCCACAAAUCCUCCACUUGUUUACCCCUCGGCCGCCAUCGUCAUUCCUUCCUCCGCUCAAAUUCCAACAAGGUUUCCUUUCGCCUGUCUCCCAGGUCCAGGCUCCACUUCUCAUCCAAGACUGGUUGGAACUGUUCUGCCAUGAUAAAAGCUCAAUUGAACGAGGUUGCUGUGGACGGUUCCCCAAAAGCUGCAGCCUCCACUGCUAGCAAAUCAGAGCUUUUAUCUGUCGAAGCCAAGGAUGUGAAGUUAUCUAACGAGUCUCCACCAACUGUUUUGGCAACGGAAGAAUCAAUAAGUGAAUUCAUUACACAAGUUUCAAGCCUUCUCAAGUUGGUUGAUUCCAAAGAUAUUGUGGAAUUGCACUUGAAACAACUUGACUGUGAGAUCUUAAUACGUAAAAAGGAGGCCUUACCUCCACCUCCUACUCCUGCUAUUACGUAUGUUCAGUCACAACCCCAGCCUUCAUUACUGCCUCCAGUUUCGGCUCCUUCUCCUGCACCAACUGCAGCGCCUUCCCCUGCGCUAACUCCACCACCUUCUCCGCCCAAAGCUCAGCCACCUAAGUCGGCUCAUCCACCUCUGAAAUGUCCCAUGGCCGGAACUUUCUACAGAAGCCCAGGACCUGGGGAGCCAGCAUUUGUGAAGGUUGGAGAUAAAGUACAGAAGGGACAGGUUCUAUGCAUCAUCGAGGCCAUGAAAUUGAUGAAUGAAAUUGAAUCCGAUAGGUCUGGAACAAUAGUCGAGAUUGUUGCAGAAGAUGGCAAGCCAGUCAGUGUCGACACUCCUCUGUUUGUGAUUGAACCAUAGAGCAGAUGAAACCAAAAGCUGCACGAGGUGUUCAUCCUCCUAUUACGAUGAAUGUUUUGAAAUGCUGAAAUUAAUUUAAUUUUCAUCUUUCUUUUUGUUUGCUGGAUGAGACCUAGUUAGAAAUCGAACCAAAAUGAGGUGAUCGUGAUUUGUUCGUCAUUAAAAAUUAGAAGUUGUUGGGAGUGUUUUAUGUUUUUGUUUAAUGAGCAAUACUACUAGUUAAACAAUCUUUACUAAGAUGUGAGGAUAUGUGUCUUUGUAGUACUAAGUACUUUAGAUACUCUAUUUAUGUAAUAGUUUGUUCUGUAAUAACUGCUUUUUUCCUUGGUA